AUGACGACUGAGGAUCGGGUAGUGGUCAAAGUGCACCGGCACAACCCUGUGCACCACGAGGAGUCCUACAAGGUGGGUGAGCACGGAGUAGUGCUGGAGGCCUCCCACAGAUCCACCGUGCGGGUGCGGUUGGAUGGCCAUAGUGGCCAGAAUGGCAACUACUUUAAGGUGCAGGCGGUGAAGCCGCUGUUCACCCUUCCCGUGCGGCAUCGCUUCGUUACAGCCAGUGUGUUGCAUUUGGAGAAACUUCCGGGCUUGAUGUUACGAGACUAUGCAGUCUGGGAGAAGGAGCCUGGUGAAGCGAAAGGUCACAUGAUUGGCCGUAUUAUGGAUGUGAAGGAAGAUGGAGCAGGACAACUCUUCUCCGUCCAACCUUACCAAAUGGCAACGUCGGAGUAUGGCCCUCCUGUGACGCGGCCGUGGACAGCGGUGGGGAGCUAUUGCGUGCGACGACCACAGAACAGUGUGCUGAGGAUCGAUUUGGAUCAUGACAGGUACCUAAGAGACCUCAGCUUGCAGGAGAUUCGCAGCAUUGGAUUAGCGGAAGACCUGGGCUUGGAAUAG